AUGCGAGUGUUAUACGUUUUUUCUUUACUAAUUAUCGGUGCUGCUAGUAAUUGCAGUCCUAGUCAAACAAUACGCAACGAAAAAAUAUGUACAUGUUGUUAUAACGAUACAAAAGGUAUUCCAACUAUUGGUGUUGGCUUCAAUUUAAAACGUUCGGAUGCAGCUCGUGUUAUGAUUAAAUACAAACUGAAACUAAAUGAUGUUCUCCAAGACUGUCAAAAGCGUACAAAGAAUGCAUGUCUUACUAAAGCUCAAGCAACGGAUAUUUUUAACAAUAUUAACUAUCCUGAAGCUACUAAAUGCGUUUCAAGAUAUGCUCCAGGAAUGCCAACAAGUGUUCAUGCAGCUUUGAUCGAUGUCGCAUUUGCAGGAUGUGGUACACUCAAUCAAUUCGUUAAAAUGAAAAGAGCAUUAGUUCAAAAACAAUGGAAAACAGCUGGUGAUGAGCUAAAAAAUUCUAAAUGGUGUACAGAUGUGAAAUCAACUCGAUGUGGACUUGAUGUAGCUUGUAUUGCAUCUGGAAUAUAA